UCUAAUGAAAGGGGGUGUGGCGAUCAGUUUCUCCAGUGAAGGGAGGAGCUGGCACAGCAAAAAAAAAAUGCAGCAUUUCUCCAUCCCCCAUGCAAUAAUUGGGUAAACCACAUUUUUUGUUAAAAUACUAAUCUCAAACAUGUCCCCCUGUUAGCACUGAUCCAUGCAUUUUUGGAUAUUCUCUGCCUUGAGUGGGCGAGCAAACGCGAGGAGCUCCAUCAGUGUCGCCAAAUAUGAUGGCAUCUAUGUGUUAGGAUGAGAAGUCCAGUGCCGCGUUUCAGGGACGUCGAGAGGCAGGGCAGUGGCCUCCAGCCUGUACAAUGUCUUCCUCCCUAUCAUGAGCGACAGAAUAACAUGUGGUUCAUCCAAGAUGUCUGCGGCAUCGUUUGUGCGAUCAUCACCUGGCUUCUUGUCGUCUUUGCUGUGUUCGUUGUGCUGUUCGUCAUGCUGAUUCCAUCGAAGAACCUCACCUACAGCCUGGUGAAUGGCACACUCUUUAACAGCCUGGCCUUCCUUGCUGUGGCAUCUCAUUUCAGAGCCAUGUGCACUGACCCGGGAGCUGUACCAAAGGGCAACGCCACAAAGGAGUACAUCGAGAGCUUGCAGCUGAAGCCAGGCCAGGUGGUUUACAAAUGCCCCAAGUGUUGCAGUAUUAAGCCGGAUAGAGCUCACCACUGCAGUGUUUGUAAGCGCUGUAUACGGAAGAUGGAUCAUCAUUGCCCUUGGGUAAACAAUUGUGUUGGGGAAAAUAACCAGAAGUACUUUGUGCUUUUCACAAUGUACAUUUCCCUGAUCUCUCUCCAUGCCUUGGUCAUGGUGGUCUUUCAUUUUCUCUACUGCUUUGAAGAUGACUGGACAAAGUGCAGUACCUUCUCCCCUCCAGCCACUGUCAUCCUCCUCAUCCUCCUGUGCUUUGAGGGCCUCCUCUUCCUCAUCUUCACCUCUGUGAUGUUUGGCACCCAAAUCCAUUCAAUCUGCACAGAUGAGACAGGCAUAGAGCAGUUGAAAAAGGAAGAGAGAAGAUGGGCUAAAAAAACAAAAUGGAUGAACAUGAAGGCGGUAUUCGGACACCCCUUCUCGAUAGCAUGGUUUAGCCCGUUUUCCACCCCCGACCACGGGAAAGCUGACCCCUACCAGUAUGUGGUCUGAGCUCAGGAAGCUUUAUGCUAGAGACUCAAAUAUGCCUGGACUGCCCUUAUAAACAGUAUCUUUUAAUUUGUAUGUAAUCCCAACUCAAACAGAGCAUAUACCAAUGAGAAUAAAUCCCCUUCAUCUUUCAGGGAACAAAUCAUUGCAUAUCCAAUUAUCCUUGCCUCUAUUUAUUUUAAUUCAGAACAGAAAGUGGAUGCUUUAUCAUGUCAUAAUCUCAAGCAUCUCUGCCUAGCUACACCCAAAUGAAGAUGAAUGUUGCGCAGAUAAUAGAAGCCAAUUUAUGCUAAUAUAAUCACUAUUGUAAUCUUGCCAGACUGUCCAGAAUGAUAACCUACUUUCUGAAGGUACUUUUAAACAAUGUUUAUAUAUAUAUAAAAUGUAAAAGGCUAUUUUACCAAGGAUGAUAACUGUAAUGAUAACUAUAAAUAAUUCUGGGAGAAUAGUGAAGUCCACACGACAUCUACUUUUUAAACAACAAUGACAUUAAGGAACAAUAUAAUUUGAAUCACUCUGAACUAUUUUUUUCCAGCUCAUGAAUUAUUAAAAACAGUGACAGCCAAUCAGAUGCUUUUAUAAGCACUGCUAUUAAGGACAUAUAGUUAUAGUUAUCCUUAUAUUUAUCAUUUUUGGUGUAAACAAGCCUUAAAAUUAUUGCCACUGGAUGUGUACAAAAUAUAAAAAGUAUAUAAACAAUAUAGGAAGUUUAACAGGGGUGUAAAUAUGUUCUGACAGCUUGGAUUCAAGUGAUUCUCAACUAAAUGAUGCACUGAUGACAUCUGAUCAUAAAUUGGUUUGAUUAUUUUUGAAAACGGUAAUAAGCAGGAAUGUAACUAAAGAGACCGUAUUGAUAAAUACCGAUAAAGCUAUACACAAUUUUCUUUUACAUUCACAAGUGACAGAAUUGAUCUAUUAUUAAAUUCCAUAAUCAGUGCAUUGUCAGCUCAUUUCUACACCCCUGAUUCUUAACAUUGAAAAUUAAUUCCAUUUAAAUUAUAAUUACUUUAUAAAUGUAAAGAAUGUGAUUUGAGAAAUUAUGAGUACAUUUGCUAUUACACAAGAUUUUGAUUAAUAACAGUACUGAUGUCACUCAGCUGCCCUAUAAGAGUUACUUCCUGCACUCAAUUUACACUCUGUACUUUUUUAGAUCUGAUUUAUGUUUCCAUAAACUUGGCUUGCAGAAAUGUUUAAGAAGGGAACAGACUUAAAAAAAAAACUGUUAUUGUAGUUAAAACGUUGUUGAUUUACCAUUGAUGCCAUUGUUGUGAUUAAUUGCAUUUGACAUUUAAUUAAUAUACAUUUUUUUAUGAUGAACAGGAUGAUAUGUGCUUGAACUUUUAAGUGUGUAUGAAACAGACACUCUGUUCUUCUUUGACAAAUGGUAAAUAAUUAAAAACCUGAACACUCUUCAUUAGUGCUUUAUGUGACAAUGUGUCAAAGUUUCUGACAAUAUAUUUCAUAUGUGAAUCCAGUCUAAUGACAUGAAAAUCAGCAGCUAAAAUGCCAUUCACAUUGCAAAAUCACUGUUUUGUUGUAAAUUAGUAGUUCCCUUGUUCAGAAAUAUAUUUGUUUAAAUAAAUUACCUGUUUCAUUGGUGUGAGAUGGAGGUAAGCUUUGAUUGCUACUCUUGUUCUUUCGACACAAUGCAUGCUAUUUAAGAUGGUCUGUUUUUCUUUUCCUUUAGGUACCUCAUUUGUAAUGUGAAGGCAUGCUGCAUGCUCCAUGUGUUUUUAACUUGUGCCAUAAAGUGAAAGUCAAACCAUUUCUUCCAGUCGGGUUAUUUUGUAUUAAAGAUUGAACAAGCAUGCAGGUGCAUGAGUAAAAGUAAUCGCUCCCCAUGCCAUUUUUUUUUUUUUUUUUUUUACAUUUAUUUAAGCAUGGUAACCAUUUGCUUUCCUUUUCAGUUUAAUCAGUGAAAUUUAAUUACUUUUUUAGCCAAUAUGGAUGUUGUUUUCUAUGUAUUUAUGGAGUCUAUUUUUUUUUUCAAAAAUCACAGUGUUGUUGUUUUUCUUUUUUUGAGGGCAUUGAAAAAUUUAAGUGUGAAGACCCUACAGGGAAGAAGACUCCAUCCUGGGAAGCUAUGAAGUCAGCGUUCGGAGGUCCUCUUUCUAAGGCCUGGUUGAGCCCAUUUACAGAUCUCUCAUGCCAGAAAGGUACUUUGGAUCAUGUUCUCAUGUUCCCACAAGGUUAAAUCAUUGAGGAGGAUGUGAUUGAAAUACUUUUGGAGCCAAAAACCCUGAGACUCUCACAUUUCCUACCUUGGACUUGCAAAGAGACUACUGAGGACAUUUGAAUUAGACUCUUUUUUUGUUUUAUUUUUUACCUAUGGAAUAAAACCUUUACAUACUGUACCAAAUUGCCUUAAAGCAGUAUUUAAACCCAAAAAUACAGCUAGCUCUUCUAAACUUAUACUCUGCAUAGAGAGAUUGAGUGUCAUGAUCCUGCCCUCGUGUCCUUGAUUUUUCCUAGUCUUGAGGCAGGAUCAUGACAGACCCAUGUUUUGUGUACAAGCACAUGGCCUUGUCUUUGGGCCAUGUGCUUGUGUUGUCUCGUUCCCUUGCCCCGCCCCCCUUGUUAACCUAGUCGUGUCUUGAUUGUCCCAUCUGUGCCACCUGUCGUGUCUUGAUUGUUCCCCCUAUUUAGAUCUCCUAGUGUGCUCUGUCUUGCGUCGGUUCAUUGUCAUUGUGAUAUGUGUUUCUCAGAUGUGUUCCACACUUGUGACUGUAUCCUGUAUACCGUGAGUGUUUGUUUAUAGUUAGUGUUUAGUGUCUUUAUCUGGUCAGCCCUGUCUUGUUUGGUUACUUAGUCCUUACCCUAGGAAUUGUUUUCCCCCUCGUGGGUUUUUGUUUUCCCUUUUUGUCUAAUAAAUCCUGUGUGUACCCAAUUCCUGUCUGCACCUGAGUUCCUCCCUUACCAAAAACCUGACAUUGAGUUCCUGACAAUGUCAUAUAACGUGUAUUUUAUUAUCCCAGCUGUUCCUGGAGCAGUGAUGUCUUUUAGACACUAUAAACACUAUAAAAUAGCUGAAAACCAAUGAAUAUAUAAAUUCAGGUGCAGAAUCUGACAAUAUAAAAACAUGGUCCUCAGUAGACCCUUCGAGCCUUUACCAUAAUUAGCAAAAAUGCAUGUAAGACUUAAUGUAUCAUCCAGGGAUUUUACUGAUAUUUUACAAUUUUGUUGUUCUAGAGCAUUGUUCUUUCUUUUUAUUGUAUUUAUGGGCUUUAAAAAAAUCCAUAACUGUGCAUCUUUCCAUUACUGGCUACAUUAUUGUUAUUUGUAAUGUUCUGGAUUUUUUCCGUUACCUGAUGUUUCCCAUGGGUGCACACUAACGAUUUAAGCUUCUUCAAAUGAAUUUGCCUGUUUUUACAAGUCUAUUGCUGUUUGAAUAAAAAUGUAUGGUUGCAUGUGGGCUGUUAUACACCCACAUAGUGCCAGGUCAA